UAGAAGACAUCGUGGCAAUAAUGAUUCCUGAGCCCAAAGGGAAGGAGAUAGUAAGCCUGCUGGAGAGAAACAUCACCGUGACGAUGUACAUCACCAUCGGAACCCGGAACUUGCAGAAAUAUGUGAGCCGCACCUCGGUUGUGUUUGUCUCCAUCUCCUUCAUCGUCUUGAUGAUCAUUUCCCUCGCCUGGCUGGUCUUCUAUUAUAUCCAGAGGUUUCGAUAUGCAAAUGCCAGGGACAGGAACCAGCGCCGACUGGGAGAUGCAGCAAAGAAAGCAAUCAGCAAGCUCCAGGUCAGGACCAUCAAGAAGGGUGACAAGGAAACCGAGCCUGAUUUUGACAACUGUGCAGUUUGUAUUGAAGGGUACAAGCCCAACGAUGUGGUCCGGAUCUUGCCCUGCCGGCAUCUUUUCCACAAGUCCUGUGUUGACCCCUGGCUCCUAGACCAUCGCACCUGUCCCAUGUGCAAGAUGAACAUUCUUAAAGCCCUAGGGAUCCCGCCCAAUGCCGACUGCAUGGACGACUUGCCCACUGACUUCGAGGGAUCUCUGGGAGGUCCGUCAACCAACCAGAUCACCGGCGCAAGCGACACAACCGUAAAUGAAAGCUCAGUCACUUUGGACGCUGCUGUCCGGACCGUGGGAGCCUUGCAGGUGGUCCAGGAUACAGAUCCCACCCCGCAGGAGGGAGGAAUCAUCUUCACCACCAACAAAAAAAAUGCGGAUGGUGAAAGAAGUAUAGUUGGGAUACGAUAUUGCAACAAAUCACAGAUAACCCACUGGAGGUUGGACCUGACGUUUUUCUACCUUAUCCUUUCCUACCUCACAUCUCUGCAGAUCCAGGAAAUUGCUAGAAAACGAAGAAGCAAUAGUGAGCAGGAACCAGCUAUAAGCAGUGAUUCUGACAUCUCGCUGAUCAUGGCAAUGGAGGUUGGACUGUCUGAUGUAGAACUUUCCACCGACCAAGACUGCGAAGAGGUGAAAUCUUGAAAUGGCGAAUAUAGAAAAAAGGGAUGAUAGGACCCAAGGGGAAGGAAGGGAGGAGUGCCCCAAGACUGGACCAGGCACAUGCACCUCCAGACCACCUUGGCAACUCCAGGGCACUCCACACAAGAAUGGUACCGAAAAGCAAUACCCAAAGUCACGUUCAUCAGGAUGCAGUUUCUCCAUCUCUACAACAGCUCAUGGCCUUGGCACCUUUGACGUUGAAAGCUGAUUUUCUCUCCCAUGUCCUUGUAGGCACACACUUCCGAAGUUCCUCAAACGGACUGAAAAGACACUUUUAGGGCUUCUUAGUUUCAUUUCAGUUUCUUGUUUUCCUAUUUGGGGAAUGUUGUUGAUUUCUUUGGCACUUUCUUUUUAAGGACUAUGUGUAGUUUAUGUUCACUCUUUUGUUUUUCCUUUGAUUCACUCCAGCUUUUGUAGAGUUCUGUUUAGAAGCCUCAGUUCCUGCUAUGACCAGUUUGUAUUCCAUCUCUGAGAUUAAUGGCCUUGACCUCUCAGCAUGAAGUGUGCAUGGCUUUAGGAAGUGCCUCAGCACCUUGAAACAGUCUAAGGCCAGCUUUCGUUUAGAAUCUGAAUUCUUUUAAGUGGAUCUUGGAAAUGCCAGCUGCCAGAGACCCCAACACCAAGCUCUGAAUCUGCUGAGGCCACUGCUCAUUUUUUUUAGCUCCACACACUGGCUUCCACUUGCCAGGCUCUGUUGAGGACCCACGUGACUUGAGAAGGAAGCUCUAGGGAGGCACUUCAAUCCAUCUGAUUCUUAACAGUCUUUGGCUGAAAUUCUGAACUCACAAGUUCCCACUAGGGCAUUAGCGCCAUUCUCUGUGGCUGUAGGGCUUGUCCGUCACUGGGACUGCAAGCCUAGUUUUCAAACCAGAAACCAUAUACUCUUCCCAAAAGCAAAAUGUCUGUUUCCCCAAGGCUACAGCAGUCUUUUGUUACCUCCACAAAUGGGUUCUGUAGGAGAUGGAAGCUUUAGAAAAGAUCCAGUCAUCUUUGGAUCCAACACAGUGAGGGCUGCAGUAGCAUCUAGGUCUUACCUUAAUUCCAAUAUGCUUCUGUUCAACCUCGCCAGACCUCGAGGGAGGAUUUAGGUAAAUCCUUAAGAAAUUGCUUCCCAGGGCUCCCCUGACUGCGUCUAGAUACCAAGUGAGGAGGGAGGUGUGAUUUGAUAAACCAUUUGAUCUAAAAAGUACAGCAUGGGAAUUGUUGAUGUCAAGUUUCUCCUGACUGAGAGAGACAAAGAGGGAAAGGAAACGAGGUAUCAAAGUGAAUUCUAAAAAUCCACCGGUGUUUUUGUUUGUUUGUUUGUUUGCGGUACGCCGGCCUCUCACUGUUGUGGCCUCUCCCACUGCGGAGCACGGGCUCCGGACGCUCAGGCUCAG